AUGGCCGCAGCUGAGAAAGUGCUGAGGAUAAGCCAAUUAGAUGUUUCAGAACUGGACAAUGAUCUUACCAGUAUAAUGCAGGAAAAAUUUAUUAGAAUUUUUAAAGCUUUGCCCCAGGUGUCAUUUUUGGCUAGAUUAAAGCCAGAAUUGAAGGUUAUUGACAUGGGUUGUGGUGAAUGUAAGUUGCUGCGAUCGUUAAAGUUUGAGAACUACAUUGAAGAACUCAUUGGAGUAGACAUCAAUGCUACUGCUUUGCAGACACAUCGACAUUAUAACAUCAUUCAUGACUCUGUACUGGAACACGUUCCUCGUGUGAUAUUUGGAAAAUUACAGCCAACUGUUGUCAUAAUCUCUACACCUAAUGCCGACUUUAAUGUUUUAUUCCCUAAUCUAAUUUUUAGACAUUAUGAUCAUAAAUUUGAAUGGGGAAGGAGAGAAUUUCAAGAAUGGUAAGUCUUUUAAUCAAAUGUUUACAACUAUCUAGUUCAGUUUGAUGGUGUAGGUGAUCCUCCUCUUGAGAUGUCUCAUUUGGACACUGUUCCAAAUUGCUAUAUUCACAGACAAGAGUCAGAUGGUCUCUGUGCAAUUCUUUAUGAUGAGUUAGAGGAUUCAGAAACGGAAUCAGUCAUUGAAGAAGCAUCAGAAGACGAGGAAGAUAUUAUUGACAAUAUUUGUUAUGUGGAUCAACUGAA